AUGUCCAGCAUCAUUAAAGUGAUAUUGCUCCUGGACGUCAUGGUCUCUGCAGCCCAAAAUAGGAGAGCACUGUAUGUGUCGUCAUUUCAGGAAACGUUUCCCCGAGAAUCUGAAAUAAAAGACAUCCAGAUCCACCCACCAACCAUAUUCUGUGACAGAGUGGAAAUUCUAGUCAUCAAGAAUAACGGCCUUCGCUUUUGCCUGAACCCGAAGUUAAAGGCAGUGAAAAGACUCAUGAAUAACAUCCUAAGAAAACAGAGACCUUCUACCACAGCCCAAACAUCCCAGCUCACAACUCCAGUCAGCACCGCUUCCACCCCGAGCAGCGGUGACUGACUCGUGAUGGCUCUUUCUUUAACUCAAUAAGGAGCCCUGAUGACC